AUGGCGGAAAGCAAGUGUCCGGUCAACCAUGGCCAUGUCAACACGGCUGAUGGUGGUACGAAGAAUAGGGACUGGUGGCCCAAUGCACUUCAGCUUCACAUUCUUCGCCAGAACCAUGGGCCCAGUAACCCUCUCGGUGCCAGCUUCAAUUAUGCUGAAGCCUUCAAGACCCUCGACUACUUCGCCCUCAAGAAAGACCUUCGGGAUCUUAUGACCGACUCCAAAGACUGGUGGCCUGCUGAUUUUGGUCAUUAUGGCGGUCUUUUCGUCCGCAUGUCCUGGCACGCAUCUGGGACGUAUCGUGUCUUCGACGGUCGCGGCGGUGGUGGCGAGGGCCAACAACGUUUUGCUCCCCUUAAUAGCUGGCCCGACAAUGUUUCCCUUGACAAGGCCCGUCGGUUGCUUUGGCCUGUUAAACAAAAGUAUGGCAACAAAAUCUCCUGGGCGGAUCUACUUCUCCUCGCCGGCAAUGUGGCCCUCGAAGAUAUGGGCUUCAAGACCUUUGGCUUUGCCGGUGGUCGCGCGGAUACAUGGCAAGCUGAUGAAUCCGUAUACUGGGGAAACGAGACAACUUGGCUGGGUAAUGAGGAUCGUUACAAGCCAGGUGUUUCCGUUCCCGAUGACGAAACGCCAAAUCCGCGAAAACUCGAGUCGCCUCUCGCCGCUGCACACAUGGGACUGAUAUAUGUUAACCCUGAGGGACCGGAUGGGAAUCCAGACCCCGUCCUGGCAGCUAAAGAUAUCCGAACCACCUUCAGUCGUAUGGCUAUGGAUGACGAGGAGACGGUCGCUCUCAUUGCUGGUGGACAUACUUUUGGCAAGACUCACGGUGCUGGUCCAUCCUCCUACCUUGGCCCCGAACCUGAAGGUGCUCCUCUCGAACAACAAGGCUUGGGCUGGGUGAAUGGUUAUCGUAGCGGCAAGGGCCCUGACGCCACGACGAGUGGUAUCGAGGUUACCUGGACUAAGAACCCUGUCAGGUGGAACCACGACUUCCUUGAAUAUCUCUUCAAGUUCGACUGGGAGCUGGUAAAGAGCCCCGCUGGGGCGUAUCAGUGGCAAGCUAAAAAUGCGCCACUGAGCGUCCCCGACGCAUUCGACCCGAAGAAGAAGAAGCUCCCUACUAUGCUUACAACCGACUUGUCCCUCCGUUACGAUCCCGAAUACGAAAAAAUCGCCCGCCGCUUCCUAGAAAAUCCUGAUCACUUUGCCGACGUUUUCGCCCGUGCGUGGUUCAAGCUGCUCCAUCGUGAUCUUGGUCCCCGUUCGCGCUACCUUGGCCCGGAAGUGCCCUCGGAGGUGCUUGCCUGGCAGGAUCCCAUCCCUGAUGUAAACCAUCCUCUCGUUGACGAUCGAGAUGUCGCUGCUCUUAAAAAGGAGAUCCUCCAGUCUGGUAUCCACCAUUCCAAGCUUAUAUCUGUUGCUUGGGCCUCCGCCUCAACCUUCCGAGCUAGCGAUAAGCGGGGAGGAGCCAACGGCGCACGUAUCCGUCUUGCUCCGCAGAAGGAUUGGGAAGUGAAUAAUCCGGCUCAGCUUUCAGAGGUACUCGGCCUCCUCGAGAACCUUAAGAAGCGCUUCGACUCCGUGGGUGGGGGAAAGAAGAUUUCCAUUGCCGACUUGAUUGUCCUCGCUGGCUCCGCGGGUGUCGAGAAGGCGGCGCGUGAUGCUGGCUUUGAUAUCACCGUACCAUUUGCCCCCGGACGCACCGAUGCGCUCCAGGAGCAGACGGACGUCAAGUCAGUUGGCUACUUGAAGCCCUUGGCCGAUGGCUUCCGCAACUACGGCAAGUCAACUACGCACGUCAAGUCCGAGCACUUCCUCAUCGACCGCGCCUCACUCCUGAGCCUCUCUGCCCCUGAAAUGACAGUCCUCCUCGGAGGCCUACGAGUCCUAGGUGCCAAUUGGGACGGGUCAUCUCAUGGUGUCUUCACUAACCGCCGAGGUGUCCUAACUAACGAUUUCUUCGUCAACUUGCUCGCCAUGGAUACUCAGUGGAAUUCGAAGCUCGACGGCGAACUCUACGAGGGACUCGAUCGCAAGACUGGCGCCCGAAAGUGGACCGCCACUCGCGUUGACCUCAUCUUUGGUUCGCAUGCCGAACUGCGUGCCAUUGCGGAGGUUUAUGCCCAGGCUGACGGUUUGCCGAGAUUUGUGGACGAUUUUGUCAAGGCUUGGACCAAGGUCAUGAACCUGGAUAGGUUCGACCUCGAAGGCCAGGUUCCCCAGUUCAAGCCUAUUAGCCGCUUAUAA